GGAAUCUUUCUUUUCGCAACCACUACACGUCAUUGUGAUUUUAAAUAUGAAUUUGUUUGAGCGGACUGUGUUGGGAUACAUUCUUAUCUACCGUGAAAUGUUGGGGUUGAAUAAGGUAGGACUAUAUUUGAUAUGCUUGUUGAUGUGGGGUUCCCAAGGGCGAUUAUUGCUGAUCCCAACAAAACCUGAACCAGAUGAUGCCGCUGCCUCAGCUCGUUGGCUCGUCUCUCUCAAUUUCUGGGGAGUUUUGAAUACUAUCUCAGUUGAUUUGGGUGGAGCUCCCUUUGGGAAUGUGGUAUCAUUUAGUGAUGGACUACCUAAUGAAGGCAGUGGAAUCCCAUACUUUUACUUGACAACUCUAGACCCAACAGCAAGAAAUGCAUUGGAAGAUGAAAAAGCUUCAUUCACAGUCAGUGAAUACCCUCUUGGGACCUGUGGCAGGAGAGACCCAAUGAACCCCACUUGUUCAAAAAUUUCUCUAACAGGAAAGCUGAAAUUGGUAGAUGAAAAGUCUAAGGAAGCAGAAUUUGCUAGAAAUGCCUUGUUUUCCAAACAUCCAGAGAUGAAGGACUGGCCUGAGGAUCACAACUUUCAAGUCUUCAAAUUAGAAAUUGAAAAUAUAUUUCUAAUUAAUUGGUUUGGUGGUCCAAAACCACUCACAGUGGAACAGUACUUACAUCCCAAAAUGAACAAUGUUGGCUUCAUUCUCUGAAUGCUCCUUGAAUUCCAACUCCUAUUGUGGGCUGUAAAUGUACCUAUGGUGUUGUUGGAGCAUUUGUAAAUAGACGUAUACUGUGUUUUGUUCGAAUUGUGUAUUCCUUUCAAAAUACUCUUGGACCAUGGUUAUUUAUUCCCCAUGUGAAGAGCUUUAAGAAAUCUGCAUGUUUGUGAUAUGUAAUGUAACGAUACACACUGAUCUUGGGUUCUUGCCCAUUAUAGCCAUUAUAAGCGAAUAAAAUGCUACAAUCAUUAAGUGAAACAAAA